AUGUCCGUCCCCGAGAAACAAUGGGCCCAGGUGGUCGAGCAGAAAGGCGGCCCGCCCGUGUACAAGGAAAUCCCCGUGCGCAAGCCCGCCGCCGACGAGAUCCUCGUCAAGAUCCGCUACACGGGCGUGUGCCACACCGACCUGCACGCCAUGAAGGGCGACUGGCCGCUGCCGGUGAAGAUGCCGUUGGUGGGCGGGCACGAGGGCGCGGGCGUCGUCGUCGCCAAGGGCGAGCUGGUCAACGACUUUGAGAUCGGCGACCACGCCGGCCUCAAGUGGCUCAACGGCUCGUGUCUGUCGUGCGAGUUCUGCCAGCAGGCCCAGGAGCCGCUGUGUCCCAACGCCCAGCUGUCCGGCUACACCGUCGACGGCACCUUCCAGCAGUACGCCAUCGGCAAGGCCGCCCUCGCCUCCAAGAUCCCCAAGAACGUGCCCCUCGACGCCGUCGCCCCCAUCCUGUGCGCCGGCCUGACCGUCUACAAGGGCCUGAAGGAGUCGGGCGCCCGCCCCGGCCAGACCGUCGCCAUCGUCGGCGCCGGUGGUGGUCUCGGUUCGUUGGCUCUGCAGUAUGCCAAGGCUAUGGGACUGCGCGCGGUGGCCAUCGACGGUGGCGAGGAGAAGCGCCAGAUGUGUCAGAGCUUGGGUGCUGAGGCAUACGUCGACUUCGCCGCCUCCCAAAACGUCGUCGAGGACGUCAAAGCCGCCACGCCCGGCGGGCUCGGCGCCCACGCCGUCCUGCUGCUCGCUGUCGCCGAGAAGCCGUUCCAGCAGGCGGCCGACUACGUGCGCUCGCGCGGCACCAUCGUCGCCAUCGGCCUGCCCGCCAACGCCUUCCUCAAGGCCCCCGUCUUCAACACCGUCGUGCGCAUGAUCAACAUCAAGGGCAGCUACGUCGGCACCCGCCAGGACGGCGUCGAGGCGAUCGACUUCUUCGCGCGCGGCCUGAUCAAGGCGCCCUUCAAGGUCGCCCCGCUGAAGGACCUGCCCAAGAUUUUCGAGCUGAUGGAACAAGGAAAGAUCGCGGGGCGCUACGUGCUCGAUGUGCCGCAGUAG